UAGAUUGAAUAUAUAUAUUUUAAAAUUAUUUGACAUUGUGUAGAAUGUCGACGAAGAAGUGGUGAAAAUGGAAUAAAUGAAGUAUUUUGAAAUAUAGGAUUAAUAAUCUAUAAAUAUUGUUGAUUUAGAUUAGUUGAAGAUGGCAUUUGUUCUAAAAGCAAUGGUAAAGAGAUCAGCAUGGGUCACAGGUCCCCCUCCAAUGAAUCCUUCCAAGAGAUAUGUCAACCCUGGAACCGAAGACCAGAUGUCAAUAGAGGGGUACAAAAAGAAUAGAUGGAAACUAGCUAUUGCAUACUUUUUAUACAUACUGACUGGUGGAUUGUUACGACUGGUUUUCUACUGGUUACCGCACUGGUUACUUAAAUUUACUCAUGACAAGUGCUUCCUACAUCAGGCAGACUCUGUAUUAUUACAGGACCAAUAUUUACAGUGGUUUGUUUCUAGAGUUAUCAUCACAACAAAAGAUGGAACCUGUGUUAAGAUUGUCAAGCCAUCAGCAUCCCUAAUCUUUAGACCUAAACAAAGAGACAGGGAAUUAGAAAACAUGUCAAGAUACAAGGAAACAACAGAAACUUAUGAGAACUCUUGUAAUUACAGUUCUAAGGAUGAUAGUUUAGUGAAAUAUUUUAUGGUUAAGAAGGUCAAAUAUGUCUGGAAUACCGAGAAAUCAGAUUUUUUAAAGUUAAAAGGACUAGAUGAAAAUAUGUGUUCAUUCUUCCAUGAAUCUCAGGGACUCAGUUAUACUGACCAAAUCAAAAGGAGGGUAGUUUAUGGAACUAAUUCCAUUGCUAUACAUGUUAGUCCAAUUGUUGUUUUACUAUUUAAAGAGGCAUUAUCUCCAUUUUAUGUGUUCCAAGCAUUCAGUGUAUCAGUAUGGUUCUCUGAUGAGUAUGAGAUAUAUGCUGCUUGUAUCAUUGUAAUCUCAGUAGGCUCCCUUGCCAUGACAAUUUAUCAAAUUAGAAAGGCACAGCGAGCAUUAAGGAAUACAAUUCAGUCAUCUACAGUGGUCACUGUGUGUAAAGGAGAUGAAAAAUAUGAAGACAUUCCAUCAGAAGAUUUAGUACCAGGAGAUGUCAUAGAAAUACCAAGACGUGGAUGUUUUAUGCAGUGUGAUGCUGUCCUUGUUACUGGAAAUUGUAUUGUUAAUGAAAGCAUGCUUACUGGUGAAAGUGUUCCAGUAACAAAGACCCCAUUACCUAAUCCUAAACUUCAAACAAACGAUGGUAGUAAAGACAUCCAGUAUGAUAUUAAAGACCAUGCCAGACAUACUCUGUUUUGUGGUACACAUGUUAUACAGACACGUUACUAUGGAACACAAAAAGUGAAAGCUGUCGUUGUUAGAACAGGAUUUUACACAGCUAAAGGAGAAUUAGUCAAAUCUAUAUUAUUCCCAAAACCAGUGGACUUUAAGUUUGAGAGAGAUACAUACAAAUUUGUGGGUGUACUGGCAUUGAUUGCUUGCUUAGGAUUUAUAUAUACAGUUAUAAUGGAGAUCAGAAAUGGGAAGACAGCAAGCCAGAUGAUAUUACGCUGCCUAGAUCUAAUUACUAUAACUGUGCCUCCUGCCUUACCGGCUGCCCUGGCUGUGGGCAUUGUUUUUGCCCAACACAGACUUAAAACAUUAAAAAUAUACUGUAUCAGUCCCAAAGCCAUAAAUGUAUGCGGCAGUAUUAAUGCUGUUUGUUUUGACAAGACUGGAACAUUAACAGAAGAUGGAUUAAUGAUGAAAUGUGUUGUUCAAGCUGAAAAUAAGCAAUUUCAGGAAGAUGAGGAUGCUAUGUUAUUGAGAAAUGGACCAUUAGUAUAUAAUAUGGCCACUUGUCAUUCUCUGACCAUAAUUGAUGGGAACCUCAGUGGUGAUCCUUUGGAUCUUAUCAUGUUUGAGGCCAUUGGAUGGGACUUAGAAGAGCCAGGACAGGAAGAGUGUAGAUUUGAUAUGAUGGUUCCUACUGUGGUUUUCCCAUCCUCUAAACAUCACCCUGGUAGUAACAAUGUACAAAUAGGUGUAGUUAGACAAUUCACCUUCACGUCCUCCCUACAGAGAAUGUCUGUUAUCGUCAGAAAUCUUAUAGAUGACCAUUUUGAAUUGUACUGUAAAGGUGCUCCAGAAAUGAUUGCAUCUUUAUGUAAUCCACAAACAGUUCCAGAAGACUUUCAGUCGAAACUAUCAUCCUACACCCAGCAUGGUUAUAGAGUCAUUGCUAUGGGAUGGAAACCAUUAUCUAGUAAAAUGAACUUUGUCAAGGUUCAACGAGUUCAAAGGGAACAAGUAGAAAGAGACCUAACAUUCCUUGGAUUUCUGGUAAUGGAGAAUAAACUUAAACCAGAAACAACAGCUGUCAUUCAGGAACUUAGAGAUGCAGACAUGAGGACCAUAAUGGUAACAGGUGACAACAUGUUAACGGCCCUAAGUGUGGCUAGGGAGUGUGGAAUGGUGAACAAACCAGAUCAUAUUAUUAUGGUGGAAUGUUUUAUGAACUCUGGUCUGGCUGAAGAAAGUCAGCCAGCAAUGGAAUUUGUUUAUGCUGAAGAUAGGAAUAAACCUGUUGAAGAAAUAUCUACUGAUUUGGACAUGAAGAUCCAGAUAGAGGAAGUUGGAGGUGAAAUGUUCCAUUUUGCUGUCACAGGAAAAUCAUUUUCAAUUCUCAGACAACAUUUCCCAGAUACUUUGUCCAAGAUUGUUGUUAGAGGUACAGUCUUUGCUAGAAUGUCACCAGACCAGAAAGCUCAGUUAGUGGAGAUCCUUCAGCAAAUAGGAUAUUAUGUGGCUAUGUGUGGAGAUGGUGCUAAUGAUUGUGGAGCAUUGAAGAUGGCACAUUCUGGUGUAUCAUUGUCAGAAGCUGAGGCCUCUGUAGCAUCACCAUUCACAUCAAAGACACCAAAUAUUACAUGUGUUCCUAACUUAAUCAAACAAGGAAGAGCUGCCUUAGUUACAUCAUUUGGAAUAUUCAAAUACAUGGCCUGUUACAGUUUGACACAGUUUACAUCUGUCUGUAUCUUAUACUGGAUUGGAAUAAACCUGACCGACUUUGAGUUCUUAUAUGUGGAUUUAUUUUUAUUGGCUUCCCUCAGUAUUACAUUUGGUAGGACAGAUGCAUACCCAGAGUUGGCAAAGGAUCCUCCAGCUUUUAGUCUGACCAGUCUCCUGCCGAUUACCUCCAUUGUAUUACACAUGACUAUACAAGUAGCGGUACAAAUAUUCAGUUUUGUACAUGUAAGGCAACAACCAUGGUUCACUCCACAUGUGCCAAAUGAAGACGAUAAUUACGCUUCCUAUGAGAAUUCAGCAGUAUUUUAUGUAUCAACCUAUCAGUUUAUGACAUUAGCUGUCACUUUUGCCAAAGGUUCUCCAUAUAGGAAGUCUAUGUUUUCUAAUUACUGGUUCCUGGCUAACCUUGUGAUAUGUUUAGGUGUUACACUUUGGAUUACCAUUUAUCCACCGCCAGCGAUUCUGGAGUUCAUUGAGUUAAAACCACCACCAGAGAUAACUUACAGAUUGCUGUAUGUAGGUGUGGCUGGUAUCAACUUUUUACUCUGUGUUUCAUUAGAGACAUAUUUCUUAGACAAUAUUUACACCAGGCGAAAACUACAUGCAAUGGCAGAAAAGAUUUUACCAGGAUGGUCUAGUGAAUAUAGUACAAUUGAACAUGAAAUGAAAACCUCUCCAGAUUGGCCACCUCCCAUUAGUAGAGAGUGCUCCAGGUCUAAUGGUUACCUCAGAAUGGAUAGUUUACCUGAAAGUGAGACUGCUGAACUUCUAUUGGAUACAGAAUCCGGUUCAGAAAUAAGCCUUAAUAAGUCUUCCUCCUCCUUGAAGAAAUGUUACAAGGGAGACAAUAUUAAAGAAACUAAAACUUUGGUGCUUAGAAUAGAAUCAAAUUCUGAUGAUGAUGUUGCUUUGUUGGAUAGCUAGCACUAGCUUUAUUAUAUAUAGGCAUUCAUUUCACUUAUUGAAAUCCAAAGCUUAAGAGAAUCUCUUGUUUAUAAUAUUGCAAGGUUGGAAAUUAUGAAUUUAUUCGUAUAAAGAGAUUAAAUUGGGAAAAUAUCCUCUUGCAUGAAUUUGAUUUGAAUUAAGAUCAGAAGAAUUCAGGAAUACCAAAGACAGGAGAGAAAAAAAAAACAACUCACAAACUGGUUUCAAUCUUCUUCAAGAUAAAAUAUAUACUAGUGGCUAUUUUCACCUUUUUAUCUUAAUCAUGAAAUGAGCUUUAUAAAUAAACCCCUUGCCAGAAUUACACACUUUACAGUAUUACUUAAUAUAAGCAAAAUGGUCAACCUUGCAUUAAUUGUAAGUGUACAUGUUGCUUUAAAGGGGCAUUAUCUGUCAAAUUCAUAUUCAUCAAUUUGACUCAAAUUUUCAUAUUUCAUUUAUAACCUACUUAAAUGUAUAUCCAACUUGCACAAAGUCUAAAAUGAACAACUAGCAAUUCAUGGACUCAAUAAUAUAUAUCCAGAUUUCGUGUGUAUUUUAGUCUAGACGUCAUCUAAUUAACCAUUGAGGUGACCUCAGAAGACUGCCGACGGUCAUAUAACCUGAUAUAAACAUAAAUAUAUGUAUAAAUAGAAAGCGAAAAUGUGCAAUUGGAUUUUUGUAGGCCUUUUUGAUUUCAUAUUAUAGGUUAAACAAGUAUGUUAAUCAUUGUUUUUACCUGUUUAAGAAUGAGUUUUUGUGGAUUUAAUCAGUCAACCAAAUGGUUUACCGUUGUUUCACUUUCAAUGUUGACAUUCUUUUCCCCUUUAAAAGCUGAGCACGCCUAGUUCAUGCAUAACCCAUCUCUAGCUAAGGGAUGAAAUAGAAGGUCAUAUGAAUACGGAUUCAAUGAGGUAGAAUUAUUCACUUGCAUUUGAAUAAUUCAUUAGUGAUGUUUCUUAGCUUAUUUUGACAAAAUUGAACCAAACUGACUGCUAAAAGCAAAUUAUUAUUUGACUAUUUCACUUUCAAUAAUUUUUUUUUUUUGUAUAUCUCGUAGCUAAUGCCCCUUUAAGUUAACUUUACAGAUCUUAUACAAUCUCAGACAUUGAGUUUAUGUGUCAUUAGUAAUCAAAUUUACAUUUGGUGUUUGCCAUAAUUAAGCAUUAUGAAUGAAUAUCAUUUGUUGGGUCAAUAACAGUACCUCUUGUUUCAUCUGAAGUUAGUACUCUCUUCAGAAAUGAAGGGGUAGUUUAGCAAAAUUUGUGAUUCAGGCUCUUUGAAACUUCUAGUUGUUUAAUAGUGGUUUUCUUCCCUAUACUUGUUAUUUUUAUUAGAAAAUGAAUCUCAUAUUAACCUUUCAUAUCUUGUUUCUGAUUAAGGAAAUGACACUAUCUGUUUACAAGGUCCAGUGAUUUUCAACAUUUCUGCCAUACAAAAUUUAACAUACAAGGGCCAUUUUCAAAAUGUUUUUAAAUUUGUGCUUAAAUUCAUAGUAUUGUAGCUCAUAGUGUGUACCGGUACUAACAAUAGUAUAGGUUAUUUCUAAUCAAAUCACUGUGUUAUAAAAGAUUGAAGAUAGACCAAACCACAAUUUUUACAAGUUUUGAUGUGUAUUUAUUCCAAAAAAUGUUCAAGAAGGAUAUCAUUGACAACACCAAAUUUGUGUAUGAGGUAGAGAUAUAUUUAUCUUUCUUGUAUGGGUUAAUUCAUUUUAGUUAGCAGCCUCCUUUGAUUCCAAAUUAUAAAAAAGGAAUGGAAAAUUUGCUAGUUUUCAGCUCACUGUUCUGAAAAAUAUCUUCUCCUCUGAAACUGCUGAACUUAUUCCAACCAAACUUAAGCUGAAUGAUGCUUAGGGUAUCUGGAUUAAAUUUAUGUUUUAUUUACUGUUUCGUCAAAUAACAUGGCUGCCAUGGCUAAAAAUUGAACAUAGGGGUAAAAUGCAGUUUUUGGCUUACAUCUCAAAAACCAAAGCAUUAAGAGCAAUUCUGACAUGGGGUUAAAGUGUUCAUUAGGUGAAGUUCUAUCAGCCCUGAAAUUUUCAGUUGAUAAAGAUAAAUUGUAAACAGCAAAAAUGUUCAGCAAAGUAAGAUCUACAAAUAAGUUUUGUAUUUCCAAAAUCGUCAAUUGUCCCCUUAAGGAGUUAUUGCCCUUUAAAAUCAUUUUUUCACAAUUUGUUCAUUUAGUUUGCUUACUUUAAAAAAUCUUUUCCUUUGAAACUGCUGAAUCAAUUUCAGCCAAACUUGGACUGAAUGAGUUUCAGAGUAUCUAGUAUAAAUUUUGGGUUUUAUUUUCUUGUACGUCAAGAAACAUAGCCACUAUGGCUAAAAUGAAACAUAGGGGUUAAAUGCAUUUCUUUGAUUUUGAAUUAAUAUGAGAUACAAAGAACAUUUCAAUGGAAGUUUUAAGCCAUUCAUUAAUAUAUAUUGAAAAGCAAAAAUAAUCAUUGUUGAAAGAUUUAAGCAAAAAAUUACAGGUGAGCGAUUCAGGCCCUUGAGAGCCUCUUGUUUAUAUAUGCCUUUAACAGCAACAUAUACCUUGAUUUUAAUUAAAUGUGUAAAACCAUUGAAAACAUAAUAAGUAUAUGAUAAAGAUUCUUACAAUUAAAAAUCCAGUAAGAUUUGAGAACGUUUAGAUUUCUCAAUGCAUUUUUCAAAUAACUAUAAGAUUCUCAUUACCUGAGGUGGAAAAAUGCCUGGAAGGUAAAAUCUUAAACUUUCUUCAGAUUGAAUUUUCAGUUUGCCAAGAUAUAGAUUUCUGUAUGCCUUGUUCAAAAUUAUUCUUCAUCAAUUUUGAACAUGUUAAAGAGAAAAUUAUUAAAGGUAAACUAGUCAACCUUUUUUUUAAAGGGAGGUAACUGAACGAUGUUUGAAGUGCCAACUUGCAGUUAAAACCAAAGUAGUUGAAGUGCCUUAUGUGUGAAGAAUGGUGUUUGUAUUUAUUGAUUUAUUUAUUCUGUAAUGUAUAUAUUUAUAAUAUGUGCCGAUAGCUAAAGUCUAAAUUUUAUUAAUAUUGUUUCUUUGAAUUUUUGUCAUUUUAUAUCUUAUCCAAUUGUUUGCUUCAUUUUUAUACGCCCGAUAAAUUUUUGACGGGACAUAUUAUGGUAUACAAAUGUCCGGCGUCCGUCCGUUUGUCUGUCCGGCGUAAACCUGUCGCACUGUAACUUGAGAAUGACUUAUCCAAAUUUCAUGAAACUUAACAUAGUUGUUUCUUAUGAUGGUCAAACGGUCUGUAUACUUUUUGGUGAAAAUAAGAUUAAAACUUUUUGAGUUACGGGACUUAGUAACUAAAACAGGUGUGUGUUUUUUUUCACAUGUCACGCCGUAUCUCAAAAACAAUUUAUGAUUAAUGCUUAAAACUUUACACACUUCUUAGUUAUAUUAAUCUUAAGAUCUGUAUACUUUUUGGUGAUGAUUCAAAAUUUUAUUUUAGAGAUAUUGAGUAUUUUGUAAAAAAGGGGGAGGGGUUUUUCACAUGUCCUGCCGUAUCUCAAAAACAGUUUAUGAUUAUUGCUUAAAACUUUACACACUUCUUAUUUAUAUUAACCUUAAGAUCUGUAUACUUUUUGGUGAUGAUUCAAAUUUUUAUUUUUGAGUUAUUGAGUAUUUUGUAAAAAAAGGGGGAGGGGUUUUUCACAUGUCGCACCGUAUCUCAAAAACGAUUUAUUAUUAUUGCUUGAAAUUUUCCACACUUCUUAGUUAUAUUAAUCUAAAGAUCUGUAUACUUUUUAUACGCCCGUUUACGGGACGUAUUAUGGUAUACCGUUGUACGUCCGUCUGUCCGUCCGUUGUCAACAUGUCGGACAUUAACUCAAAAACGCUUUAACCAAUUUGCUUAAAACUUUGGUGAAUUGUUUAUAUCUAUUGAUGUGAGCUCCCUUUCGUUUUUUAUAAAUUUUAGAUUUUACGUUUCCGAGUUAUGGGGUUUUAUUCAUUAAAAAAAGGGGGAUUUUCCAGUUUUUGGACAAUAACUCAAGAAUGCUUUCACCAACUUGCAAGAAAUUUUGGUUAAUUGUUUAUAUCUAUUGACAUGAGUUCCCUUUUGAUUUUUAUAAAUUUUAGAUUUUACGUUUCCGAGUUGUGGGGUUUUAUUCAUAAAAAAAAGGGGGAUUUUCCAGUUUUCGGAUAAUAACUCAAAAAUGCUUUCAGCAGUUCUCAUGAAACUUUGAUGAAUUGUUGAUAUCUAUUGAUGUAAGCUCCCUUUAGAAUUUUAUAAAUUUUAGAUUUUACAUUUCCGAAUUAUGGGGUUUAUUCAUUAAAAAAGGGGGAUUUUCCAGUUUUCAGACAAAAACUCAAAAAUGCUUUCAGCAAUUCGUAUGAAACUUUGGUGAACUGUUUAUAUCUAUUGAUGUAAGCUCCCUUUAGAAUUUUAUAAAUUUUAUUUGUUUAUAGUCUGACAACAGAUUUACUAAGUAUUGCGCAACAGCACAGUGUAUUGCACAACAGCAAGAAAUCUUUAAUUGAAUAUAAAUUCAAUUCAUAUAACCAACUUCAAGUUCUUUGACUACAUUUAUUCAGAAACCUAUAAUAGAUGUAUGUCAAAUAUUUAAUUACAAUCCAAAUUCAGACCUGUAUCAAGCUUGAAUAUUGUGUCCAUUUUUGCCCCAACUGUUCAGGGUUAGACCUCUGCGGGCGUAUCCAGCUACGCUCAGCGAAGCAGUUUAUUGGUUUUGAUUCAAAAUUUUAUUUUUGAGAUAUUGAUUUUUUUUUUUUUAAAGGGGGGGUUUUCACAUGUCGCGCCGUAUCUCAAAAACGAUUUAUGAUUAUUGCUUAAAAUUUUACACACUUCUUAGUUAUAUUAAUCUAAAGAUCUGUAUACUUUUUGGUUUUGAUUCAAAAUUUUAUUUUUUUUAGAGAUAUUGAGUUUUUUGUAAAAAAAAAGGGGGUUUUCGCAUGUCACGCCGUAUGUCAGAAACUAUUUAUGCUUAUUGCAUAAAAAUUCACACACAAGACGACCAGCGUAUCAUGCGCUCAUGGCGCAGCUGUUUAUUAUGUACAGUAUUUGUGUGGAUGCUUUCUCAUUUUUUUUUCUUCAAAUUUCUGGGCUUUUUUUAGGAUUUUGCGAUUGUAACGGCUCGAAAAAAGUUGACCAUGUUUAAGAAAAUAAACAACAAAAAAAAAAAAAAAAAAAACAUCCCAGGGAAAGAACAUCAUAUUAUUUCAACAUUUUGUGUAAAAAUCUUAUAAAAAAACAGAAACAACUGCAUAAAAAAGAAUAUAACAUUUCUUUAGUAUUUGAAGAUUAAAUCAUAAAUCAAUAAUAAAAAAAUGAAAACAACACUUCAUAAAUACAUUCGUCCAAAGCGUUUUUCUGGAUUUACCUUCAUCAGGAACGCUCAAAGACGAAUAUUUGAAAGCCAAGGAUGUAUAAAAACUGAAACUAUUGAAGAGCUAUAUAACCAAAAGGACCUGAACUAUGAACUUUGCAUUCAUAGAUCUUCGUAAGAACUUUAUUUUAAAGUGGUUAUCCCAACAUAUUAUAGACAUAUCAUGGUAUGCUGUACAGUUGGGUUGAUGUUUUUUCAUUGUAUACAUGUAUCAUAAUUUCAUAAUUUUGAAAAUGGAGGUUAUUGGAAUAUUAGUAUAUGGGCUGUAUUUUUCAGGUAAUUUAAAUAUUUACUAUAGCAUGAUUAGAGUGUCAUAUAUGAUUAUGACUAAAGUUUUCUGUUGGUGAAUAUAUAUAAUAUGUAACAAUUAUGCUAAAAAAAGGCAUUUUUUCUUGGCAUGGUGGCAAAAAAACAUAUAAGUUGAAAUUUAGAAUACAGUAACUGUUCAGCAUUAACUAUAUCAGUUUGUCUGUAUUUUUAUUAUAAGUACUGUUAUUUGAUUGACUGCAUUAGUAAGGAAAAUAUUUUUUAUACCCACUUAGAGCCCUGUCAAUUAUAGAAUUUAUUAAAUUUUUACAUAAUAAUAUAGAUUUUGAUUUGGUAGUACACAAUGUAUUUCAGAGGAAAAUCACUUGUGAAAACUUAUCAUUUCAUACGCAAAAAAGUCUCCUGGCAUAAGAAUAUGGGUGAAAAGGGGUAAAAUGUCUAAUUCCUGGUUUAUUUAACAACCUGGCGGGUAUUUUAAAAGUCCCGAGUUAGACGUGAAAUUUACGGGUUUCACCUGCAGAAUAUGGGUCCGUUGAGAGGUAUGUCAUUGUAAAAACUGAAUUUUCACAAACUUGUUUAAUGUUCAACAGAAGAGGGAUAUGCAGACAAUUUAAGUUGGUUAUAAAAGCUCAAAUGUUAUUGUUUUGUGACAUGCUGACUUUAAAUAAAACUUUUGACACUAAGUGUUCAGAUUGAAGCUUAAUGUUGUCUCAAAUACCAGAUCUUGCCUGUUGUCAAUUGAUCCAUAAUUAUCUUUGAACUUACUGCUACACAUGAAACUAAAACAGUGGUGAUGUUAUUGUUAAACUACAGUGACGCAGUUAAUAUUUGAUUUCAUAAUAGAAAAAAAAUGUCUAUGUAAUAUGGUAAUCUUUUUAUCGGAAUACAUCACAACAAAUUAAAAUAUAAGAAUAUAUUGAUUAUUUCUUUUGGAGAUGCUUUAAAAUUUAUGUGAAAUCCGACAGUUAAUUUAUUUGUUUGCUUGUCUGUAUCUUUUUAAAAUUGCUGACAUGUUUUUGUUUGUUGAUCUCAUUUUACAUGUAUUUAUUUAUGAUUUUUAAAAUGUCCAAUUUUAACUAUUAUUAUUUAUUGAAAUGUAAAUCAAAAGACAUUUUCUACAUCAUUAUAAUGUUUUCCAUAAUUUUACUAUAUUCUAUACAAUGUUAAUAUUUUGCAAAAAAAAAUUAAUUAUAAAAAUAUUUUCCACAAUUUGUUAAGUUAUAAAGUUAGGUCCCUAUGUGUCAGUCUCACAGGACUUCCUUAGCAAGAAUCUUUCUGUCUACUGCUGCAAUGCUUCAGUCUCACAGGACUUCCUCAGCAAGAAUCUUUCUGUCUACUGCUGCAAUGCUUCAGUCUCACAGGACUUCCUCAGCAAGAAUCUUUCUGUCUUCUGCUGCAAUGCUCCAGUCUCACAGGACUUCCUCAGCAAGAAUCUUUCUGUCUACUGCUGCAAUGCUUCAGUCUCACAGGACUUCCUCAGCAAGAAUCUUUCUGUCUACUGCUGCAAUGCUUCACAAUCACCACAUUUACAAACAUCAGAAGGAUUCAGAUUUUUAAAGCAAAUUAUAUAAUAUAUUUAUUUAAUAGAUAUCAAUUAGAUAUUUAGUACACAUCUGAAGUUGUGAUUGGAUCAAGUUUUGCUUAAAUUUUUGUUCAUUUGAACCACAAUAUCAAAUACCAGGUUUUUUUUUAAUUGAUAUAUGUAAUUUAAAUCCUUUUUUCAAACAAGAUUUUACUUAAAUUAUUGACAACUUAACUUGUGUCUUGAUCUGACAAAAAAAAGAUUGCAUAUUUUUAUUGUACUUAGCAUUUCAUUUAAAAAUGUGGUUUGUUUGUUUGUUUGUUUUGUAGUUGCAUUUGAACCCAAUAUGUUACAUUUUAAGACUUUAGUCACUUUAUGCUUUUGCUGACAUCAAACGAAAUACAAUGCAAUAAAAAAUUUUCUAAAUGA